AUGAACACCUCACUGCUGGCUAUCCAGGCAUGUCACACCCAGGGGACCUCUAGCCAGUACUGGGCAGUCCGUGACUACCUCUCGCCGGUGCUGCGCGAGAGCAAGUUUAAGGAGCACGGCCGUAUCACUCCAGAGGAGUUUGUCGCCGCGGGAGAUUUCCUUACGUUCAAGUUCCCCGUCUGGCAAUGGGAGAAGGGAGAUGCCAACCGCGCCCGUGACUUCCUCCCAGCGGACAAGCAGUAUCUCAUCUGCCGCAACGUGCCAUGCCUGCGACGCGCAACCGCGCUGAACUACACGGACGACGACGAGGAUGCUGAGAAGCUGCUCAACUUUCUCGACGAGGCCGAGGUUGCCGACCCCGACGACGAGUGGGUUGCAACGCACAUUGGUCGAGACUCGAAGCCUUCUGCAAUCACCGACAUUCCGGAUCUCGACGAGUCGCCAACGCUGAACGCUGCCACUGCCAACCUCCACAUUGGCGAUGACGACGAGAUUCCCGACAUGGACGACAUUCCUGAUAUGGACGAGGCCGCUGGUCUUGAGGAGGAGGAGGACACCGCUGCUGCUCGGCCGGAUGCUAGCUCGUCGUCUAACCUCCUGCAAGUGCGCACGUACGACUGCUACAUUUCAUAUGACAAGCACUACCAGACCCCCCGCUUCUGGCUCUUCGGAUACGACGAGCACAAGACGCCUCUCACGACCCAGCAGGUGUUCCAGGACGUACCUUCGGACCACGCGUUCAAGACGAUGACGAUGGAAGCGUUCCCUCACUCUGGCACUCAGCUGGCCUCGGUCCACCCGUGCAAGCACGCAAGCGUGAUGAAGAAGUUUAUCGACCGCAUGGAGGCGAGCCAGGCCGAGGCCCUCGAGGCUGGGCAGAGCCAGUCGCCUCAAAGCAGCGGCAAGCGCCGUUGGCUUGGUGGUGUCGUCCGCAAGGUCACUGGUGGUGACAAGCCUGCUGCCGACAAGGCCAAGGCGGCAGCGGAUGCAGACGGCGAGGAGCCGAGCGGUGUGCAGGUCGACUUUUACCUUGUCAUUUUCCUCAAGUUCAUUGCCAGUAUUGUGCCGACAAUCGAGGUCGACAGCACCACGUCGUUCUAAAAGGCGUAGACGGAGCCUACCACUAUUUGUUUUUAUUUUUUUCGCAUUGUCCAUGGGAGCGCGCCAUCUUCAUCGUCCUGGGCCUUGUCUUUUGGGUCAUUAAUCUGCGCUGCAGCGCUUCCAUGAGAUUUGUAUCUAUUAACCAAUAUACCAAUACAUGAAAAGAGAAGGAAUGAUACAGAA